CACUUCCCAUUUAUGUCAAGUCACAGUCAAGUGUAGCUGCUAGUAAUAAGUUCAAGAACUCAGCGUCUACCCGCACGAUGCCAAUACAAGGCUCGAUCAGUGUCACUGCAGACAAUGUCGAGGAAGUUCUGAAUCUUCCUGCACCCGAGCGGUUAACCCAGGGGUUGAAAAAGGUCUUUUCCAAACUCUUAGAACCCAACCAGAGUAUCAGGUUCCUGCGAGAGUACACGACUGCGAUCGAGCGCAGAUUAAAGCGCGAUCCCUCCUUCGCGGGCACGGGUUUGGAUGCUUUCGGGAAGGCAUGUGUUUCUGCAGGACUGGUCAUGACGGUGUCGGCCUUCGUGUCGCGACCGCCGCCUUCGGCUGCGCAGUUUAGGGAAUUCCAGCUCGCGCAGCAAAAUGCCCUGGCAUCUUUGUAUCAUAUUUGUGUAGGUGUUGAUUCGGCAGAACGAAUUGAUGUAGAAGACCAGAUUUUGACUCUCGGUGUGACAGCCCGCCUGAUGCCUAUACUUGACCACGACAAUUGGGACUUGCGGUCCCUGUCAGCCUGUAUUCUCAUCACACUCGCCGCUGAUACUGCGUACGUGGGGUGCUUAACUACUUCUACACGAGGGGAGAUCGCGGUCUGCUUGUGUUUGGUAGUUUUGCGAGACUUGGAGAGAAUAGCUGACCGCAUUGAGAACCAUCCCACUAAAAUGCUCGGUGCCGUGGAUAUCAACGAAUUCCAUUCCCCGCUUGCACACCAGCAACACGUUUUGCGUGGUAUUGGUGACUUUUUGAAGCCACAUCCACCUCACACUUCCAAGCUCCGCCUCGACUUAUUGAAAGAAAGGCCCGAGAUACUCGAUUACUUGUUCGAUUGUGCUACCAUGCCAGGUCUGCCCGGCUACCCCCUGAGCGCUGCUAAUGCUACCGCUUGCGAAGUACUGGCGAGGCUAAUUGAAUGGCCUCCGCAUCUUGUUCCGGGUGUAUCGACACAGGUGGACUCCGCCAUCAAGGCACGAGAGUGGAAAAUCCUGUCACAGUGUCUCACUAUCGUCACUUCACGGGAAGAUUGGAUGGAGAAGAUAGUCGAAGUCUGGAUGAAUGUGGUGGAAACUACCCACCAAGAUAUUAAAGCGAUGUUUGAAGAACACUUGGAGGGGCCGCCGUUGGAUGAAGCCGUCGAAUCCGUUUGUCAACAUCGAGGGACGGUACGCGUGAACUUACUACGAAUCAUUAUCAAUUUAACCCAUGCGGCCGAAUCCUGCGGUAUCUCCAAUGCUGACAUAGAGUCUUUUCUGCACAUUGCAUACACAGCGUCUAGUAAGGUCCUUCCGCGAGAGGAGUCUUACCGUCGACACGAUUACCUGAUGUAUAUGGAGCGCGGCGCGGAUCACGGCGAGUGCAUAUUGGGACCAACAGCCCUUGCACGACUGCUCGUCCUGCUUGCUCAGCGCAAAACCCUUAACAGUAUCCAGGGAUUGAAGAAACCACCCAAUGGGCUAUCUUCGUCCACAUGUCUCAAUCACGUACAACACAUCACAAAUCCUGAUGUCAUACGGCGGUUCCUGACUAUUGCAUUGGAACGCGUGAAGGCCAAUACUUCUGUGGGACGCGAACGCGCGAGCAAGACACAAUACGAAUUGGCGCGGCACGCAUUCGCAACCUCGGCAGAGCUAGCCGCGGCUUUGGUAGCAUUGGACAUUCACACUCAGGGUCAGUACAGUAAAGAAGUCGUCGGCGCUCGAAGGGAAUUGGUUAUCGCUUUGGGGAAUGCGUCUGAGAUGGCGUUGAGACAGAACGUGUAUUUGAUGGGGCUGAGCUUUGCAUUUGGUGCCCUUAGCGCUGCUGAAAACAUUCCUGAUAGCGAAGGCUUGGACCCGGCGAUAGUAGAGAAGAAUAGGCGACGUGUUAUCUUAGCUGAGGAAGGGAGGCAUAGUUUCUUUGCCAGCCUAUCAGCGCCUACUUAGGACAUUUAGGGGUUAUAGAUUACUAAGAUUUGUUUGUAUGUGUUUGGUGUAUUGUUAUUCAGACUCAGCUGCUGCUGGGCUCGGC